AUGCCCCCCUUUGAGCUAGAGGCCAAAAGACAAGAAGAAGUUCAUGAAAGAAUAUCGGACUUGAGGAAGGACAACCUGCAUAGUACCCCCUUACCAAAGGGCUCCGUAGACACAAUCAAGGAAACAUGUAAAAGAAAGAUGAUAAGGGAGUGGAAAUCAUCGAUGAAAGGCACGGAGCAGGGAGAUAAUGCAAUCAUCGGCGCGAUUGGAGAGCAACUUCAAGAGUGGCUAGAUGCAAAGGUGGGUCUCUCUUUCCGAGCGACACAGGUUAUUACUGGUCACGGCUGCUUCAGCAGGUACUUGUGUCGUAUCGGAAGGGAGACGACCACAAGAUGUUGGCACUGCGAGGCGACGAAUGAUUCGUCAAGACAUACUCUCAGGUAUUGUCCGGCCUGGGACCAAGAACGCGCAGCUCUGAUAGAGACCAUUAGACCAGACCUCACACCUAGCACGGUAAUCAGAGCCCUGAGAAGAAACGACAGCAGAAAGACCUUCCUACGCUUCUGCGAAACAGUCAUGAGGAAAAAAGAAGCAGCGGAAAGAGCGAGAGAGGGAGUCAUCGUACCCUCAGAUAUGCAGGACAGCUAA